AUGGUGCUAGAUGACUACGGUAAAAAAACCGAUCUUCCUAUGCAUAACAAGUUUAACCCGAGAAGAUCUAAUCCGCGGUCGUUAUACAAGAAGAUAGCAAUUGGGCUUGUUUCUGUGAUAUUUAUUUGGAUAUUAUUUUUCCGAUCUAAUUUCUCUAGUCAAACUGUACCUCAGGUAAAUAGUCAGACAGACCCUGAAAAUGACUAUGAAUUAUAUCAUGCCACCAAAGAUGGAAUACAAAAACAAGACAUAACAGGAUUAAAAAGUGAGGAGGAAAUAUACAAGGAAACUGUAGAUUAUUACGAUCUUGAUGAUUACAAAGGAUCGCCAGAUGGGUUGUCUCAGGGAGACGUAGUAUUAUUUUUAAUGCCAUUGAGAAAUGCAGAAAGUGUGCUUCCAAUGGCGUUCCAUAACUUAAUGAAUUUGACUUAUGAUCAUUCAUUAAUAGACAUAGCAUUCUUGGUUUCCGAUUGUUCUCCAGAUGAUCAUACUUUGGAGACUGUUUUUGAAUAUUCUGUGGCUUUACAGAAUGGUACUUUAUUGGAUAAAUUACAACUAGGUGAACGCCAGAGACACGCUAAUAUAGUUAAGGGAUCAUCUGAUUUAUAUCAAUUAUACAUGGAUCCAGAUUAUAUGAAUAAUAUAAAAAAGUCUUAUAAUCCUGAGACAUUCCACGAAAACUAUCGUAAGCCUUUUAGGUCAAUAUCCAUCUUCAGGAAAGAUUUUGGGCAAGUAAUAGGACAAGGUUUCAGCGAUAGACAUGCUGUGAAAGUUCAAGGAAUUCGUCGUAAAUUGAUGGGGAGAGCCAGAAAUUGGUUGACUUCUAAUGCAUUAAAGUCAUACCACUCCUGGGUUUAUUGGAGAGAUGUCGACAUUGAAACUUGUCCAGGCUCAGUUAUUCAAGACUUAAUGAAACAUGACUACGAUGUCAUGGUGCCGAAUGUUUGGAGGCCAUUACCUACAUUCUUAGGUAAUGAACAGCCGUAUGAUUUGAACUCUUGGGUUGAGUCUGAGGCUGCUCUAGAAUUGGCAAAAACCUUAGAUGAAGAAGAUGUUAUAGUCGAAGGUUAUGCUGAAUACCCUACCUGGCGAGUGCAUCUAGCUUAUAUCAGAGAUCCAAAGGGAGAUCCAAAUGAAAUUGUUGACAUUGACGGUGUAGGUGGUGUUUCAAUUUUAGCGAGGGCUCGAAUUUUCAGACAGGGUGUUCAUUUCCCUGCAUUUACAUUUUUGAACCAUGCAGAAACUGAAGCAUUUGGCAAAAUGGCCAAGUCCAUGGGUUUCAAAGUUGGUGGUUUACCACAUUAUACUAUUUGGCAUAUUUAUGAACCUAGUGAAGACGAUUUGCGAGAAAUCGCUAAAUUAGAAAGGAAGAAGAGAAGACAAAGAGCUAAAUAA